AAACAGUGUUUUUGUUUGUUGUGGAAUUUGCUCAUUUAUAAUUUUAAUUUAAUAAUUUGCCAAGUUAAAUACUAAGUAAUUAGCAAAAUACUAGAAGUAAAUAAAUACAUUGUUGACAAAACAAGUCGCAGUUUUUAAAUGUGGCGGUGUUUUAUAAAGAUACUUUGAAGAAAUGGAAGACGUUCACAGAGGAGCCAUACAAAGCAAUUAUGUUUCUCUCGUGGAACAGACCGACCUGGAUCUCAUGGUAUCAGCUCUAUACGAGAAGGGUGUUUUUUCUGAGCAAAUGAUCGAGCGGUAUAAGGACACGCAGAAGGACGCCCGGCAGCGCAAGCGGCAGCUGUACCUGGACGUGAUGACGCGGGGCCCGCGCGCCUUCGCGCACCUGGUGGACGCGCUGACCGAGGCCGGCUACUGGAACCUGGUGCGCGACCUCGACCCCGACAGCCAGCUGCACUCCGCGCAGGACAGGCCGAGUCCAAGACCACUACCACCAAGAACCCGAGAAGAAAAGCCAUUCAUCAGCAUUAGUAAUGGGAGGACUAAACCUGUAACUGGUAUUGAUCCACAAAAAACUAAUGAAGAGAAGGUCAACCAAAAACCAACAGAAUCUGAAAUGAACUAUUCACAUGAAGAUUUUAAGAUCCCACACUUUGAUGUGACUAAAAGUACGAAAUACUACGACGACGAUGAUGAAGUCUCAGGCAUCAAGGCGUACCGCACGCGCGACCGCGGGCGCGGCGCCCUGAUGGUGUUCAACUACACGGAGUUCGCGAACCGCGUGGAGGAGCCGCGGCUCGGCGCCGACGUCGACUGCGUCAAGCUCAAGUACCUGUUCGACGAGAUGGGCUUCACCGUGCGCUCCUACCCCAACUACACCAAGAAGGAGACAGUGGAAGUGCUGGAGUCGCUGAAGACGAACUCGGUGAUCGUGGAGGCGGGCUGCGUGUUCGUGGUGGUGUCGUCGCACGGCUACGCGCGCGCGCACAGCUCGGACAACGACUUCCGCUGCCACGACGGCACGCUCAUGUCCACCAAGGACUUCCUGCAGUACUUCAACAACCUGCACCUGCCCCGCGCGCGCGUCUACUCCGACAUCCUCAUCGCGCACUCCACCGUGCCGGGCAACGUGUCGUACCGCGACAGCAAGGACGGCUCGUGGUACAUCCAGGUGCUGUGCGAGGUGUUCGCGCGCUAUGCGCACGAGCGCGACGUGGUGGAGCUGUUCACGCUCGUGGACCAGCAGCUGGAGGAGCGCUUCCGCAUCCAGACGUCCAGCAUCGAACGCUGGGGCUUCAACCGCCGCCUCUACCUGCACCCCGGCCUGCCGCGCCCGCCGCGCGACCGGCCCGCCGACGCCACCCGGCCUGCCCAGCCCGCCCAGCCCGCCGUAUGAACUAUCGAAACACGGGCAAAGGUGAACACGUGUUGUGUAACUCUCGGGUAGCUGUUUUUAUACAGGAUGUCCCAGAAUGGGUGAA